AUGACCGAGUGGGCUCUUCUGGUGCUGACGGUCCUGACGCUGGGCAGGGCCCCGCUUGCCCCUGCGACCCCACUCCCAGUCUUCCAGCUCCACGCUCAGGACUUUCCUCGGGCCACUCCCUGCCCUGUUGCCGCAAAGAGCCCCUCAGCCGGCACCAUGGGCCCCUCCACCCCUCGGAGCCACCCCAGCCCUGGCCCCCGCCCUGGCCCCCGCAUCACCCUCUCGCUGGACGUGCCCCUUGGCCUCCAGCAGAUCCUACUGGAGCAGGCCCGGGCCAGAGCUUCGAGGGAGCAGGCAGCCGCCAAUGCACGCAUCCUGGCCCAUGUCGGCCGCCGCUGAGCCUGAGGGCAGGGGCCGCUUGGAGGGCAGUGGCAGAGCUGGACCUACUGCU